AUGAAGUACGCGUUCAUCACGCAGAACCGUGAGGAAUUCCCGAUCAAGUUGAUGUGUGAUGUGCUGGAUGUCAGCCGCGGAGGCUAUUACCACUAUCAAGCGAAAGGUGCAGGCGAAGCGUCCCCAGAGCUGGACUCGUUGUUAAGCCUGGUGCGCGAGCUUCACCGGGCCAGUGAUCAGAGUUAUGGCUCACGGCGCAUGAAAAAGGCUUUGGGGUUGUUAGGCCACCCGUUGAGCCGCCAGAAGGCCCGCAAGCUGAUGAAACUGGCGGGUGUGAGCGUACGACACCGCAAGAAAUUCAAGGUGACCACCAACAGCGCGCACGAUCAUCCGGUCUACCCAGACUUGGUUAAGCGCCAGUUCUCAGUAGCCCAGCGUGACCGGGUUUACGUCAGCGACAUCACCUACAUCUGGACCCAGCAGGGUUGGCUGUAUCUGGCUGUGGUAAUCGAUCUGUAUUCACGAAAAGUGGUGGGCUGGAGCAUGAGUUCGCGCAUGAAAGCGCAGCUCGUGUGUGAUGCGCUGACGAUGGCAAUCUGGAACCGCCGACCGCCAGCCGGGCUCAUUCAUCACUCUGACCGCGGUUCGCAAUAUGCGGGCAAGAAACUACGCAAGCUACUCAACGCUCAUGGCUAUCGAGGCAGCAUGAGCCGCAAGGGAGAUUGCUGGGACAACUCGGUUGCCGAAAGCUUCUUUGGCAGCCUGAAGCAAGAGCGGGUCCAAUGGCGAAACUAUCAAACUCGCUAUGAAGCCCAACAGGAUGUUCUGGACUACAUCACGAUGUUUUACAACAGUCGGCGACUGCAUUCGACCAUCGGCUACGUCAGUCCCAAUGAGUUCGAGAAGCAGUCAAUGACGAUCAAGAAAGCCGCUUAA